AUGACUCAGAAAAGAAAGCUGAAGGAGUAAAUUGCAAAUUUGAAGAAACCUUAAACUGGAAUACAACACAAAGUAUAGUAAUAGCGUAUAGUAUUUCUAGCAGCAUCUUAAUUAUUGCCGUAUCUGUAAGUUUUGCUUAUAAAUCUAUAGAAGCUAGGUUAUAA